GCAGUGGUGCAGACCCUCCUUCGGCCACGACAAUCCAGCCGGCCUCCAAUACCAAGAGCUCAAGCAGCGACCGCCGAGGCCACCCCUAUGGUGGUCCUGGCAAAGCGAGGUGCACCCGAGAAGGACUUCAACGCCCUGGUCCAGAUCCUCGACGUGCGGCCGAAGUCAGACCUCAUCAAGCUUCUCUAUGCCGCAAUGGACUUCCAAGCGCUGAGCGCGCCGCUCAGUGUGAGCCAGCUGCAGAUCGUGCAGAAGAGCCCGAUAGUCCACGCCAUGAAUGAGGCUGCCGCACGAGGACUCACAAUCUACGAGGUGGACACGAGCAUGCGCCUGGGCCACUUUGACUUUAAGAUACGCCAACAGCACUGAGAUCCGCAUUCAAUGAGUUCAGGACAGGACAUUGACCCUAAUGGAGGCCACGGCAUCUGCGUUGCCUCGGUCGCGGUCCGAACGGACACUCCCGUGGCCAACGAUGCCGAUCUGGUCAAUGUCAAGAUAUACGACGGCACCUUGCUAUAUGCGCAGGGCCCGCAGAUAACGACUGUGGAUGAAUUGCUGGGAGGCUGUAUGUUUAUACUGACUGACAUGACGGAGAAGGCCACGACAGGCAAGGCCGUCGUCAACAUGUCAUUGGGAGUCCCCUUCGACGCUGGUCUGGACGUUAACAGAGGCGUCAACGUCAUUGAAGAAGUUCUGGACCAAUUCUACGAGAAGGACAUUGUGCUCGUCGUGUCGGCGGGCAAUGAUGGGAUUGACUUGGCACGAGGCAGAACCAAGCGGUUCGGCCCGGUCUUCCCUACACUAGCAAUCAAGACACCGGCGAAGCUGUUCGAACCCUCGAAUCUAUUAGGUCCCCGGGUAUCCGCCAUUCUACAGGCGCCUCGAUUCGUCUCCCGUAAUAAUCUAGAGAGAGUCAUCUCCCAGCUCACCCAUCCUAGUACUACGUCUGGGUCCACUCGCUCCGUGUAAUCCGGACUAGUAUACACAUUUCUUGCGGUCCCCUUCUGGUCGAUAAGCAGAGUGGUAGGGAUAGGGACCUCGAACGUGUCAUCGCCAUUGCGUGCCUUGAGGUCGAAGCCCAAUCGGUCGAACACCGGGCGAAGACUGUCUGGUUGCUUCCACACGAGGCCGAGUUUCCUUGCAAACGUAUUUCCACCGUUAGAGAGGACUUCAAACGUCAGAGCGUUUUUCUCGACCGUCGUAAGAGACUGAUUGGGGAGCUCAGGAGAGCUCAGGAGAGAUGGCCGCGACAGUGACACCUCUCGCGAUGAAGCUGUCAAGAUGUUUCUGAAGGCUUAGCAAGGC